AUGUUGAAGCGUAUGCGACUCGACCUCAUAUCGUCACUCGAGGAGAGCAUACCUGACCAGACGGCAGAGCCCCUGGUCCGCAAUCUGCUGGAUGGGCACGCGGGAAGCCUUACGCUUCCAGAUUUCCAGCGUCUCCUCUCAGCAACACGAGGCAAGUGGGCCUUGGGCGUGAUGCUUCUCCAAGGGCUAAGGCAACGGGAUCUACAGCCAUCAACAUACCAAUGGCAGAGAAAUUAUGGCUGGAUGGCAAUGGCCUGUGAGACCGCAGGAUUAUGGUCUAAGGCGCUGGAUUUGCUGGAAAAUAUGGUGGCACGGAGGCUGGAGAUUAAUCACAUUGGUGAGACAGCGUCUGGUUGGCGAUUCAGAGGUGGAGCCGGAGCUGCAGGGAGUGGGCAAGCACAGCUCAGUGCACUGAAGCCCAGCUUACGGAAGUUGGUGAUCUUGCGACUCUACACAGCAAAGGGCCGCAAGGAUGUUGAAGAUGUUGCGGUUGCCGCUGCAACCCUUCGCAGAUAUGGAGCCCCAAAGCCCCGAGACUACGUGGUUCUCCUGUCCGCGUAUGGUGCUGUUCACCUAUGGCAAUCUGCUCUGGGUGUGCUAGAAGAAAUGCAGAGUCUACGAUUUGCGCCCUAUAUCGUCAGCUGCAACGCAGCUCUCAAGGCGUGCGAGACAAGUGGCCAGUGGAGUGUUGCUCUUGCUUUGUUUCAGAGCAUGCGUAUCAUGCGUACGACGCCUCCAGACCAGAUCAGCUACACCACCCUCAUCCGGAGCCUUGGCCGGCAGAAGUUCUGGAAUCGUGCCUUGCAGAUCUUAGCAGAAAUGGACUGCGAGAGCACACCGGAUGUGGGGGUAUACAGUGCUGCAAUGGCCGCAUGUGGCAAAGCUCGGAAGUGGUGGCUGGCUCUUGGGCUCUUGGCCGAACUCGAAGCCAAGAGUCUAAUCCCUGAUGAUGUUUGCGUGGGCACUGCCAUGAAUGCUUGCGAGCUAUCACAGAAGUGGCAGCAUGCCCUAGCUCUCCUUCGACGAGUGACAGGAGUGGCCAGAGUAGCGCAAAAUUCAGGCUCGGAUGGCGUCGAUUUCUUGGGCCUCACUGCCAGGCAGUGGGAGCCUCUAGAGCAAGCACUUGGUCUUCGUGAAGUACCUUCUGAAGAUGCUGAUGAGGACCCUGAGCUGGAGAAGAAGUGGCAGGAGUUCCGGCUCCGCCACCAACUACCGGACGACCAACAUGAGGAAGAAGAUGUGAAAGCAGCUGAGCAAGUACUGCACACGCUCGGGGGUGGAACUGUGAUCAAUACUCACAUCUAUAGGGCAGCAAUUGGAGCGUGCUCGCGCUGUCAUCAGAUCGAUAUGGCUUUGAAGAUUCUGGACGAAAUGUCUGAGCAGUUUUCGUUGACACCCAUGCCUGUUACAGACAUCAUAAGUGGUUGUGCGGAUGUCAAUGACUGGUGCCGAGCUCUGCAUCUUCUAACCUUGCCCGACCAGCCUGACAUUAUACUGUGCAAUGCAGCCAUUGAAGCCUGCGGCCGUGCUAGGGAGUGGAAGCAGGCAGUUCAUCUCCUUCAGCAUGCAGAAUUUGCACGGCUAUUUCCUUCUGUGGUCACCUUUAACACUUUGUUGUCCUGCGUGCCGCUCAAGGAAUCGAGCCAGAUAGAGGCACUCCUGCAAGAAAUGCAGGGCCACAGAAUUGCCCCAGAUGAAGUGACUGAUAGCAUCUUGUCUGAGGCAGGGCUGCUGCAGUCUGCACGGAUUCAGGCACUCCGCCGGGGCUCGAUUGCUCCUUUGGAAAAGGACUUGUAG